CUGGUGAUUUUGCUCCGCGGAUUGGGUGUGAAAAAUUAAGACCGACAUUUAGGAAUUGUGUAUGCCAAAGAACUGUUAAAGUAUAGACUCUCUCCCCCCUCGAACACAGUCUAUUUGAAAGAAUGCUGGGAUUGAACUCUUGUAUUAGAACGAGGAGUCUCAUAGAAGUUUCUAGCAUUGGUGCACAAGCUAGGUAUUUGGCUUCUAGCUCUAGCAACGGGUCGACAUCAGCACCUACAAAUUCACCUAUCCCUGCACCAAAGAUCAAUGCUGAUCCUACUGCGAAGAUCAUUAGGGAUAUCCAAAAGUCCAUGGUGAAAGUUCCGCCACCUAGGAAACUGAAGAAUUAUUUGGAUGGAUAUAUUAUUGGACAAGAGACCGGUAAGAAAGUGAUGUCAGUUGCUGUUUAUAACCAUUAUCUUAGGAUCAACGACAAAGCUAGAAAACUGGCAAAGAAAAUCAAAGAUGAACAACGAAGAGAGGACGAUAAGAUGUACACUUUGAGUAACAAUGUGAGUCCAUCAAACAAAUCUCCAGAGGAGAUAACUUUCGAUUUGGAUUUGGAAGAUGAGGAUUUGGAACUCAGUAAGUCAAACAUCUUGCUGUUGGGACCUUCAGGUUCAGGAAAGACCUUAAUUGCCAAAACUCUUGCUCGAGUACUAAAUGUCCCCUUCUCGAUAACAGAUUGUACUCAACUCACGCAAGCGGGAUACAUUGGUGAAGAUGUUGAGUUAUGUAUCGAAAGGCUCCUGGUUAAUGCAGAAUAUAACGUUGAUAGGGCGGAGAGAGGGAUUGUCGUUUUGGACGAGGUUGAUAAACUUGCAAAGACCUCUAACAACAGUGGAACAAAAGACGUUUCAGGUGAAGGUGUUCAGCAGGCUUUACUGAAAUUGAUCGAGGGUACUACAGUUCAAGUCCAAGUGAAGAAGCCAGUGAACAAAGACAAAGACUCUAACAACAACACCACCGUGGCAAAGAAGACAGAAACGUAUCACAUUGAUACUAGUAAUAUACUCUUUGUGUUGAUGGGUGCAUUUGUUGGAUUGGAUAGGCAUGUUGCUAAGCGUAUCGUUGACAACGAGUUAGGCGCUAUUGAGGAGGAUCCUGUGCAUCACAAUGCAAUGUCAAAGAUCAAACUAGAUGAUGAUCGAGUUGUUGGCUCCUUGACAUUGGUUACACCCCAGGAUCUCAAUUCUUAUGGGAUGAUUCCCGAACUUAUAGGAAGAGUUCCCAUCAUAACAAGCCUCGAUUCCCUUGGAGAGACGGACUUGUUGUCGAUUUUGACGAAGCCGAAGAACGCAGUGUUGACGCAAUACCAGUACAUCUUUGAACAAUUCGGGGUGAAACUCGUGGUUACUAACGAUGCGUUAUUGAAGAUCUCAGAGCUUGCCCUGAAAGAGGGAACUGGUGCGCGUGGAUUGAGAGGUAUAAUGGAGAGGCUCUUGAUGAACGUGAACUACGAGUGCCCUGAUAGUGGCAUCAAAUAUGUGCUGGUAAACUCCGACACUGUUGACACAAUAGGCUCUGGCAAUGUCACGGCAAAGUAUUACGGAGAUGAGGACUUGACCAGCUUAGUAGAAGAUGUACUUGCUGAGGAUGCCGUCCUGGGAGACAAAUUACAAGCUGAUUAUGGUAUUGAGAUAAAUAGCAAGAUGGUUGGUAGAUCGCCAUGAUACGUAUCGUUGUAUAUAUCUUUCGAGAAUAUUUAUCAAAGGAUCAUUUUCCCCGGGAAGUUUUUUAAAUUUUCCAUUUACCCCG